AUUUUAUGUCGUAGUAAACAUCAAGUUUUCUUGAGUGAAAAAAUAGUGUUUUUACGGUGUGUUUUGUGUGAACCUACAAAAAUGGUGUGCAAAGACACUCUUCGCAUCAAGCAUUUACCGAAGGAACUAACAGAUGUACAAAAAGAGCAAUUUAUCCGGCAUUUUGGGGCCAUUAAAGUAAAGGUUAUAACUUCAAAAGCAAAAGCAACGUCUGUAAUAUAUGCUAAGUUUGAAAGUGAAGAAAUUGCCAAGAAUCUGCUGUUCAGAUUACAUCAGAUCAGCAUAUUAAACUGUAGACUUUCCGUAGAGUAUGCCGACCAUGAUAUUCUGCAGGGACAACUGUCGGCUCAGAAAGUAGACGUCCGCGAGGGUCCCGAUAAAAGGUUUUUCAAAAAUUUCAUUAACCACGUGAAUGCGUUCAAUGAUUCUGUUGGCUUUCAUCAGCCACCACCUUCACAUUUGAAAUAUAAUUACCCCAAAGCAAAUCGGCCCACUAUCAACAAUAUUGCCCAUGCUUUGGCUACGGUUCCUCGCUUCUACACUCAAGUGCUGCAUUUGAUGAAUAAAAUGAAUCUUCCUCCACCGUUCGCCAUGCCUGAACCGCCAAUGCAUUCAAUUCCAAUAUCUCCAUUUGCUACACAGACGCAACGCACCAACCAAAUUGGUCAGAAACGAAAAAAUCCUUCCUCCUCCGAAUCAGAACUGGAAAGUGAUGGAGAGGGAGGGAACCCUAGUGAAAUUAUACCCGAAAAGAGAAUGCUGACUCAGAAAAAACCAUUGAAACGAGCGAAAUUCAUCACGCAGGAAGUGGCCCGAGGCUCAGCCCCCUCCAAGCCAGUAGAGAAAGUGGAGGAGGUUUUUGAGAAGGUGGAAGUGCAGCCCCAGAAGAAGAUUGAGCUUAAAGUUACUCAGGAACUUGUUGUUGAAACGCCUACUUUAAAGUCUCCAGAAUGUACUGUAGUUUCCAAAGAAACAUCGAUAUCACCGGCAGCUAAACCUGCAUCGCCUUGUAUAGAAGCUACACCAAAAGAUUUGAAAACCUCCCUUGAGAAGGUAUCACGACCAUGUACACCAUUGGAUGCAAAUAUUGAGAUUGAUCAACUUGAAGCAGAAAUUGAAUUAAUUCAGCCAUCAAGCGAUUUUGAGCGGCAGCCAUCGCUUCCAGAGGAUCUGCAGCAAGAGUUAAUCUCAGAAGCACAAAAAGAACCCAAUAUUUCCAGUGAAAGUGAACUCAAAUUGCAACCACCAGAGAUUUAUUGUGAAGGAAAUAGCAAAGAUAAUGCGCUUGAACCCCCCAGUCAACAGUCGGUUGUAGAAAUUGUACAAAACCAAUCACAGCCUUCGAAUGAAGUUCCCAUUGCAACCCAUGAGAAAGAACCAGAAAAAGUUCCAGUAGGACCUAUGUCCCCUGACGAUGAAUUUCCAUGCAUUUCCCUGGAUGAAUUAAGAGCGAAUCAACUAACAGAUCUCACAGUAGUGUCGGCUUUUAAGAAUUAUAAUCCUGGAGAGCCAACCAACAAGGUUUAUAUAAAGAACUGUGCUAAAAGCGUUGUGAGCCAAGACUUAGAAUACAUUUUCAAUAGAUAUCGAGAAGAAGGGCAUCACGGAAAGCCAAGCGAGUUUAAUAUUCGACUGAUGCAGGAAGGCAGAAUGAAGGGGCAAGCCUUUGUAACUCUUGAUAGUGUUGAACAGGCUCAAAAGGCUGUAAAUGAGACUAAUGGCUUUAUUUUGAAAGACCGGCCACUCGUAGUGGUUUUUGGUAAAGCCGGGAAGAAAAAAUGAAGGAAGUGAAAAGGUGAUUUUUCAAAGUUACUGAAAUAGUAAAUGAUGUGACACCUGAUAGUGUACAACUGGGA